AUGUCGUGCGGCUGGGUGAAAUCCUUUCUGGUGAGCGUUUCUCGGAGGAAGCCCCUGGAGCCCGAGGGGGAGCAGUCCACAUUUAACCGAUGCCUGACCACUCUGGACCUGGUGGCCCUCGGUGUGGGCAGCACCCUGGGGGCCGGGGUCUACGUCCUGUCUGGAGAGGUAGCCAGAGACACUGCUGGACCCAGCAUCAUCAUCUCCUUCUUCAUUGCUGCCCUGGCAUCCAUAUUUGCCGGGUUGUGCUAUGCAGAGUUUGGGUCCCGGGUUCCUAAAACUGGCUCAGCUUACCUUUACAGCUACGUGACUGUUGGAGAGCUAUUGGCUUUUAUUACUGGGUGGAAUCUGUUACUCUCCUAUGUCAUAGGGACAUCCAGUGUUGCUCUAGCAUGGAGCGGGACAUUUGAUGACCUCAUAGGUGGCCACAUAUCUAAAUAUUUUGAAGAAAAUGCAGCUAUGGGCCUCCCUGGCCUUGCACCUUACCCAGACGUCUUUGCCGCUGUUCUCAUCUUGCUACUGUCAGGUGUGCUGGCAUUUGGAGUGAAAGAGUCAACAAUGAUCAAUAAGAUCUUCACAGCAAUCAACAUCCUGGUGCUGGUGUUUGUGGCCAUCUCUGGAUUCAUCAAGGGUGACAUCUCCAACUGGCGUAUCAGUGAAGAGGCUUUGAUAAACGCCACAACAGAAUUCAAAAACCUGAGCUCUAAUGCCAAUGUGACGAGUAUAUAUGGAGAGGGGGGAUUUUUCCCCUAUGGCAUCAGUGGAACACUGGCUGGGGCUGCAACAUGUUUCUAUGCUUUUGUUGGAUUUGACUGCAUUGCUACAACAGGUGAGGAAGUGAAGAACCCCCAGAAGUCUGUCCCUGUGGGCAUUGUGGCCUCACUACUUAUCUGUUUCCUGGCGUACUUUGCUGUGUCUGCUGCUCUCACCCUGAUGAUGCCCUACUACUUGCUCAGUGAAAAAAGCCCCCUGCCAGUGGCCUUUGAAUACGUCGGCUGGGGUCCCGCCAAAUACGUAGUGGCCGUGGGAUCCCUGUGUGCCCUGUCCACCAGCCUGCUGGGUUCGAUGUUCCCUAUGCCCCGGGUGAUGUUCGCCAUGGCAAGAGACGGCCUGCUUUUCCAUCCCCUGACCAAAGUCACCCCCAAGGGCAGCCCUGCUAUAGCUACCAUAUCGUCUGGAACGGUGGCAGCCAUCAUGGCCCUGCUGUUUGACCUGGAAGCUUUGGUGGAAAUGAUGUCCAUCGGCACUCUGUUUGCUUACACACUGGUGGCCAUAUGCAUCUUGAUACUGAGGUACCAAGUGGGUCCAUCCGAAGACACUGACCUACAGAUCAUAGAAUUAAAGACCAAGUUUGGCUUCCUAAAGCCUCCAUCAUCUCCCACUUCCUCCACCUCCAGAACAGUCACACUCUUGACUGUAUUCUCUGUUGCAUGUGUGGUUGCGUUGUGUGUCACCCUGACACAAGCCAUAGAUGCUCUUGCCAAUAUGGAAGCGUGGAGUAUCGUGAUCGUCUGCAUCCUCGCCUUUAUCGUGGUGCUCAACGUUUUCAUCAUCUGGAGGCACCCACAAAAUGCAACCAAGGCAACUUUCAUGGUGCCUUUGCUCCCAGCUUUGCCUAUAGUGAGUACACUCAUCAACGUCUACCUGAUGGUCCAGUUAGGCGCAGACACAUGGUUACGAUACGCUAUCUGGAUGUUAGUGGGCUUACUCAUAUAUUUUGGCUACGGUAUGCGUAACAGUGUUCAAAGGAAGCGUCUCAGGGCCGGCCAGAUGAGGAUUGAAACUGUCAGCAGCAUAACAGACAAGAACAUUAUCAAAGAAGAAAAAUUCUGAGCUCGGCUUGAGUGGAGAGAAAUAGAUUGAGAUGUUACAGUGAGUAACUGCUUUAAGUGUAUAACUACUGUUUUACAUGCACCGGUGCUGAUCUGUUGCUGUUGUGUUUAAUGUCUGUAAGGUGUACAGUGUUGAAACGCAGACAAAUGGACAGAUGGGCCAAGUUUUAACUUUUAUUUCACAUUUACACUUUUACAUGUUGAUGAAUUUUGUAAUUUAUCUAAAUAUUGUCACUGCCAACACUGAAAUGAUGCCUGGCAUAUUUUUGGACAUGUGUAUGUUGCCUGUAUCAAUGUGAGAGCCUUGUCCUGGAGCCUCUAAAGUAGUAUCAAAGUAGUUUACACCAUGAAUGAUGAAAAGAAAAAAAUGAAAAGAAAAAGAAAAAAAGGGCUCAAACUGUUUUAUGCUGAUAAUUACAAUUUUAUUCAACUUAAAUAACAAGUUUGCACUUUUCAUACCACCUGUAAAAUGUAGAUUAAUUAUGAUUUUAUACAAAUUUAAAUAUGAUUAUGAAUAACAAGAGAACUGUUUCUUACAUAUCAAAAUAUACAGUUAGACUGUAGAAAAGCGUGUAUAAUGUAGAUACAGAAAAUCUUGUGGAAAUGUCCUAUUUUUUUGCUCUUAGCGUGUUCAAGAUUCACUUUAUUAAUUGUUUAUUGCUUCAAACUGUAAAUACGGAAACUGUACAUGUUUUCUAAUUAAAUAUUGUAAAUGUAUUCCUU